AGUCUCCGGAUUGGCUAUACUAUUACACGGAUUUCCAAACAUAUACAAAAGUCGACAUAGGUUGGCGGUGCUUUGCUCACAAACAGGAUACUUGCAUUAAGAUGUGUGGUAAUAGUUCCCAGCGAUCGCAAGGUGGCGCACUGGCCGUGCUCAGUCUUUCACAUGAUAUUUCUGGUUCCCCUAUCAGAUCUAGGGUGCCAGUGAUGGCGGGCUGCUUGACGUUCCGAGAUCAGGAUGAGGGAAACAGCAUAUCAGCAAGUUAUGUGACUUUCACAGUAGACCUCACUACGUGUAUGCCACCGCCAGAGGAAACAUGUAUGAUUGGCAUCCACGAGACUGGUGAUUUGAGAACAUCAGCAAUAAUGAGCCCCUUCAAGUUCAAACUAAACUUGACGAAGUUAUCUGCUGUAGAUGAGGACAGUGGCACUUUUAAGAUGUCUGCAAAACUUGAUCACCUAUUAAUGGCCAGUGUUGGCGGAGACGGAAUAAUAGGUCGCAGGGUCAGCCUUUGGACGCCGCAAUCAAUUGCCCCUUUUGCCGAGGGUAUCAUAGGGUUCAACUAAGUCCCAACUUCCACCAUACUUUGUGCUGGACUAUUCUGUUUUCGAUGCCCAUUACGAUGCAUGGUGUCUUUGUGUUUUGAUGCGACCAAUGAUUGGAACGAUACCUUUUGCAGCAUACUAGUUGACAAGGAACCAUCACCCAAAGCGGACAAGAUCUUUCAACUCCAUCUUCGCGGUUUGAACACAAA